UACAAAAGAACUUUUUUAGUUACACACUGUUUGAUAAUUUUCAAAUAGUACAUCUUUUAUGGUAGACUAUUUUCGAAACAACAUGGGUCUUAAACAAAAAAUGUUGCUUUCAAAUGGUAAAACGCAGUCACUUUCGAAGAAGGUGAAGCGAGAACUUACCAAGAAACAAAUAUGCAAAGGAUUGGAAAUUGGAUCGAUAACAGCCGAACUUGCAGCUAACGUUGCGGGUGAUGUAAAUUCCAUACCAGUGAUUGGCGAAGUAACAGGUAUUUUUACCGCAGGAACUGCUAUAGCAAGCCAUACUGCAAAAGCCGGUAUAGAUAUUACUCGUGCUGUUAUGGAAUGUGAUGAUAUAAAUUUCGAUGAAAUCAAAGAGAUAAUGGACAAAAAAUUCAGCGAAAUGGAAAGAAAACUUGAUCAAAUCACUAGCGCGUUAAACAUGGUUUCUGAACUGGUGGGCAAAACGCUGUACACUGUAGAGAGAACAAGGCAGGAAAUGAAAGAAGGAUUUAAAAGAGUCAUAGAUUCCAUCGAGAAUUCAAAAAUUGAAAAAGUUGUACUGAAGAUAAAGAACUUUGUAGAAUACUUUGAGAGCGAGAAAGAAAGAAUUCAAAGUUUAGAGAAAGACGAUUAUGUUUCUGACCUAAAAGAAUCAGAAUUAUUGGAUUACUUGAAGAAGUCACGAACGCCGACAGGGGAUAGUUUACAAACAGCCAUUUUCGAAAUUCUGGAGCAAAACUAUGCCAUUCCCGACGAUCGAGAAGAUAAAAUAGCAUUUACUGCUUUGUAUGCUUUGCUUUAUGGUACUCAAGCAUACGUUGAGGUAAUGUAUUUCUUAAUUGAGAAAUACGCUUACCUAGCAAAUGAUUCUUAUGAGAGAUACAACUUGAAAAGUUUUAAUGACUAUUUCAAUUUGAUAAAAACUACAUUUAAUGGAUUUAAAUUUACUUUUAUUGGCACUGCUAGCAAAAAAGGUUUGAUUGAUAAGGUUAUUAAAACUUUUGAUACAGUAUUUAAAAGCAAUUUUGAUAAAAAUACGAAUGAGGACAUAAGUCAACGGAUUGAUUCUUUAAAUGUUAUGAAAACUAAUAUUAAGAACAUGAUUUUACCUAUAAUAGAACAGGUCCCUGAAAACACCAUUGAAAUUUCAUUUACUUUAUCACAAGUGUAUGUUCCUAUAGGAGACUGGAAGACAGGAACCAAAGUGAAGUAUGCUUUGCAGUACGUACAAGAUGGUAAAUAUUCUAAAGUCAGUGAUUGGACGGAGUCUUUUACAGUGCAAGAGAAGGCCAGCCCUUUCUUGAAAUUAUCAGUGGAUCCAAAUAGAAGAACAAGAUUGGUUUUUAGAAGGUUGAACAGUGAAAAACCAAAACUUGUUGGUGUUGUUGAUCCCUACACUACUGAAUUCAGGGACAUCAAUAGGGAUUUAUAUGACGCUGCCGGAAGUGUUAACGAGCAAUCUGUUCAAGAUGAUAUGGCAGAGUUGAUACGAAAUGGAGCAGACAUUGAAACUGAUUUUGAGAAGGGCAGGAAAGCUAUACACGCCGCAGCGCAACACGGGAAUGCCGUAUUAACAUUACGUUUCAUAUUAGGAGCUAAUGAUCCGAAUGUUAAUGUUACUGACUCAUAUGGUUACAGUCCCCUACACUUAGCUGCCGACGCAGGGCGAGAUGAUUUUGUUCAAUUGUUAGUAGACGCUGGGUCGGAUAUAAAUGCCAAAACAGUUUCUCUACAACUAACACCACUGCAUAUGGUGACUCGAAAAGGUUAUGAAAAAACAGUUAGCAAACUAUUGUUUCAUAGAAAGCUCAAUGUAAAUGAAAAGAAUGUCGAUGGGUUUACUCCUUUGCAUACAGCUGUCAUAGGUGGUUAUAAAGUAGUCGAAGCUUUGUUCGCUAGACCUGAAAUUGAUAUGAAUGCUAAAUCCAAUGCUGGACUUACUCCUUUUCACCUUGCAGUAAUGAAAAAUGAUAAGGUAGUCGUUGAAUCAUUACUGAAGAGUACUAAAGUGGAAGUGAAUGCUGGAGAUAAAAACAAUAUGACCGCUCUUCAUUUCGCAUGCAUGGUAGGAUAUUCAAACAUGGUUCGUUUGUUAGUCAAUACCAAAGGAAUCGAUGUCAAUGUAAAAGCAAUUGAAAACAAAUGGUCACCUUUGCAUUACGCGAUAUUUUUUAAGCAUAAUGAUGCUGCCAUUGAGCUUUUAAAAGCAAAAGAUGUAGACGUUAACUUGUUAACUGAUGGGAACGUUACGCCACUUCAUUUGGCAAUUGUAAAGGGUCUGACAAUUAUAGCUUUGGACUUGUUAAGCAAAGACGCGAUCGUUGAUAAAACUACAGAUGAUGGAUUAACUCCACUCCAUGCAGCAGCUUUCCGUGGUAUGAGCGAUGUUAUUCAAAUAUUGCACAAGAAGGGUUCAAAUAUUGAUGCAAAAACGAAGGAAGGUCUAACACCUUUGCACGUGGCUGCAACUUCAGGACAUCUAGAAGCAGUGAAAAGCCUUUUAGAACUUGGUGCUGAUGUCCGCAUCAGGGACUCUGAAGGUAACUCUUUUUUCUAUCUCGCUGUUCAGAAUGGACACACUAACAUUGUUAAGUAUUCCGUUGAAAACAAUAAGAUCGAUAUCAACUCUAAUGAUAACUGGAGACCCCAACAAGGUAAAGGACUUCAGAAAGUUGCCUAUUGGGCAGUUUGCGAUGCUCUCAACUUUGGUAAGAUGGAAGUCGUUAAGUAUCUAGUUGGACAACUGAAAAAUUACGUUUGUAAUCCUGUACAAACAGCAGCUGGAGCUGGAUACUUAGACAUUGUUAAAUAUUUAGUUGAGGAGGUACAAAUGGAUGCCAAUGGAGAACCUGGAGUUUUACCUCCAAUCCUUUCAGCAGCCGAUAGUAAUCGUUUAAACAUCGUAAAAUAUCUAGUUGAGAAAGGCGUUGAUGUCAAUUCUGAUUUUCGUGGUAUGUUUCUUAUUACUCUCGUCGUCAUUCGAAGACAACUUAGAAUGUUAGAAUAUAUAGUGGAACAAGGGGCGAAGGUUGAUGUCAAAACUCAAUCCGGUGGUACACUUUUACAUGAAGCUGUUACAAAUGGAAAAAAUGUUUUAAAAUUUCUCGUAGAGCAAAAUAAAAUAAACAUUAACGCGCAAGACACAGAUGGGAAUACUGCAUUGCACGUGGCUGCAAACUACAAUGAUUUAGAAGCUAUAAAUUUUCUUUGUAGUAAAGGCGCUGAUGUUACGAUAAAAAACAGCAUCGGUGAAACUGCGUAUGACACUAUUCAAAAGCAGGGUGUCAAACCGAAAUGCUUGACCCCAAAAAGUUAUUUGCUUUUGAAACGUAACGUAGAUUCAAUUUUGAAAACUGAUGAACUGAAUUCAGAAGGAGCAAAUUUAUUGUCUAAUAACGAUAUUGAUAAUUUUCCAAUGAAAACUUUUCAAGCGGAAAAUAAGUUAAACAGUGGAUUGAAAUUUAAUAUGAAUGACGAUAUAAAAAGUUCUUUCAAAGCAAUUCCAAAUCACUCUGAUGGCUCUAACAUUUACGAGCCUCAUGCAAUAAAAAAUAUGGAUAUAAAUGGUACAAUGCUUUUAGUUGAUUUAUUACUAAGAAAAAUCACCGACAAUAAAUUGAACUUCAAGAAAGAUAACGUUAUGACACUACUUGAAGCUCGAGCUGGCGCUCUUAAUAUUGUUGAAAUUUUCGAUUCACUUAUGGAAACUGCUGAUGAAGAUAUCGAUCUUUUUGACUUGUAUUCUGCAGUACGAAAAGCACUAAUGAGGGGAAACAGAGAUAAAUUAUUGAACAUUUUACAUGAUAACAUGCAGAAAAUUCCUAAAUUUAAAUCAGAAUUGUUCUUUUCCAUUCUUGGAGAAAAAUUGCUGAAUGAUAAUAAAGAUAAUCUGAAUUUAUAUCAGAUUCAACUUGUUAUCAAUACUAUUGACUUACUACCACAAGAAAAACUGCGAAAGGGAGCCGUAUCUGAAAAUGAGAUAAAAACCGAUAAUUCAUACAGCGGCUUUGCUGUUCUUACAAUGACUACAAUAUAUGCUAACCUUGCUAACAGAGAUGGAAUCGUAACAUACAAUGGUAUUCCUAUGACCAUUGUAUGUUACGAUUCCAUCUCUGUCCCCGAAAAAUCUCCAAGAUCAAACAACAUAUCUGAGAUACCAUUUACGAAAAACAGAAUGUCGAACGAAACUCUUUUACAACCUAUUUCGUUUAAGAACCAUAAUAAUAUUUUCUUGGAACGCUUAAAACGAGAAGACGAUGAAAUAAAUGAAGCUGAACUGCAAGAACGAGACAAAAAGUGCAAAGAUAUGGAAAUAUCUUCAGGAGUGUUUGGAGCUGUUAGUGAUUUCUAUGGCGAUAUUGGCGAUGCUCUUGGCGCUAUACCUGUCAUUGGAGAUAUUGCUAAAGGUGUUGCACAGGGAACUGUUGCUGUAGCUAAUCUGGUAAAAAACGGAUUAGACAUCGCUCAAACUGCUUUGGAUUGUGAUCAAGUUCCCUUCGAUGAACUUAAACUUGUUAUCAAUAAAAAAUUCAACGAGGUUGAAAGAAAAUUGGAUAAAAUGACAGAAACACUUGAAAUGAAAGAAAUAAAUAGAUUACCAAAAGAAGAUUACAUCAGGAAACUCUUAAAUGAGGAUAAUGUUUUGAAAAAACUAAGAGAUGUAAGAACUCCAGCUCAGUUGCGAGCGCCUUUAACUCAACUUUUAGAUACAAUAUCUUACAUUUUGGAAAAGGGUGAAGACGGUGUGCCUUUUUCAGCAAUUGAUUCAAUAUUUCAAGGAACACAAACGUAUGCUUUUGUAAUGUUUUUCCUCCUUGGGCACCAUAAUUAUCUUGCAAAUUAUUAUUAUCAAUUAGGAAGACUUGAUAUGUUUAAUGAUCAACUUGAUAUUAUUAAAGACGUGUUCAACAUGUUUUCGCAUUUUUUGGCUGGGCAUCAAAAACCGUUGAUUGACAGAGUUAUUCAUAUUAUUGAAAGAGUCACGAGAAAUAAGGAAUAUUCCGGAGAUAAAUCCUUGCUUCCGAAGAUAAAUUUUCUGACAGAUCUGAAAAAUAAAAUUAAAAGCAUCAAUCUGUCAAUAAUUGCUGAAACCCCGGAAAAUGAUAUAACCAUAUCAUUCGAAGAAGGUAUUGAAAAUCCUGGAAGUGACUGGAAAAUGGGAAGUGUUGUUAAAUAUGCUCUGCAAUUCAAACGAGGGGACAUUUACUCUAGAGUAAGUAAAUGGAAAAUUUUUAAAAUCAAUGAAAAAGGAAAUCCAUCUUUACGAAUGCCCACAGAUUUACGCAGAGAUCGACUGAUAUUUCGGCAGAUUGAUAACCAUAAAGCAGAAUUAGUAGGAAUCAUAAAGAAGUCAGAAAUCGAUUUUAAAGAUAUCAAUAGAGAUCUUUACAAUGCGGCGGGAAAUCCAACAGAACAAGUUGCUUUAAGAGAAGUAAAUCUAUACCUGCAAAAUGGCGCUGAUAUUAGAUCAGUUUUUGAAAAUGGUAGAAGUGCUAUUCACGCAGCUGCCCUUGCUGGCCACGAUGAUCUUAUAAAAGUACUGCUUCAAAACAAGGUUGAUAUAAAUGUGAGAGAUGAUAAGGGUUACACGCCCUUGCACAUAGCGGCUCAGGCUGGGAGAGGGACUCUGGUUAAUCUUUUAGUUGAAAAUGGAGCAGAUGAAAAUGCUAAGACGAAUGAUGAAUUACUUACUCCACUACAUCUUGCAAGUCGGAGAGGUUAUUUAGAUUGCGUAAGAAAUCUAUUGAAAAAUGAAACCGUGAAUGAAAAGAACAAAUUAGGAUUUACACCACUUCAUUCAGCUGUUAGUGGAGGUCACGUUAUUGUUGAAACUAUUGUCGAAAGAAUUGAAUACAGUCCAGAUGUAAAUGCUCAGUCAGAAAAGGACCAACUAACACCUUUGCACUUAGCUGUAAUAAACGGCGACCUUAAAGUUGUCCAAAGUUUAAUGAGAAGUGAAAAGAUAGAUUUGAAUGUCAAAGAUAGAAAUAAGCUAACACCUCUUCAUUACGCAGCCCUUGCUCCAGCAUCGAUAAACAACUUGAUGAUCGUCCAAAACUUAGUCAAUGCUAAGGAAAGAGUUAACCCAAAUCUAGCAAGUGAAAAUCAUUGGACUCCAUUACAUUUUGCAAUAUUUAACAGAAAUACGGAUGUAGCAUUGGAAUUGAUAGAAACUGGAAUUAUUGAUUUGUCUUCGCUCGUUGACGGCAAUUACACGCUGCUGCAUUUAGCAACAGCUACUGGACUGAUAAAAGUUAUCCGUGAACUGUUGCAGAGGGGAGCUAUUAUUGAAGCCGAAACAAAGGAAGGAUACACAGCACUUCAUUUAGGGGCUAUGAGAAAAGAGCCCGAAAUAGUUCCUAUGUUCAUUGGGAAGGGCGCAAUUGUUAAAGCCAGAACAAAAGAUGGUUCCACCCCUUUGCACUAUGCAGCUGCUGCAGGUAGAUCUCACACAGUUCUGUAUCUCUUAGAAAAUGGCGGAAGCAUUCGUGAUGCUAAUUCCGCUGGUCGAUAUCCCAUUCAUGAGGCUGUAACACGUGGUCAUUCACAAGUUACGCAAAUAUUUCUCGAUAAAGAUUUUAAACUUGUUUAUGAACGGGAUAAGCAAGGUAAAUCACCGUUUGACAUAGCAGCCGAACAUCUAUGUGCUAAUAUAAUUUAUGACUUUGUAGAUAGGGGGCUAAAUUUGACUGCAUGGUAUGGAGAUGGAAGACCACCUUUAAGUAUUUUCGCAAAGAUCGGAAGCUUAGAAAUGGUGAAGUUCUUCCUCAGCAAAGGCUCUGAUCCAAAUGCUAUAGACUUUGAAAACAAAAACUUUUUCGAUUUGGCCGCAGAGUACGGUUUUGAAAAUAUUGUAGAAUAUGUUUUUGUCAAUCAAAUAAUAGAUUCUUCAAAAAUAGAGCAAGGUGUUUGCAAAGCUAUUGAACACGGCCAACUGAAUAUUAUAAAGUAUUUCAUUGGCACUCAAAAAGAGAUGUUAUGUAAUCCAUUACAAACCGCUGCGUUAAAAGGCCAAAUGCACAUUACUCAAUACCUAGUUGAAGAAGCUGGCAUUUAUGUCAACGCUGUACAAAAUCACCAAACGGCUCUGUGCAAUGCUGUGAAAGGGGGAUAUUACAAUAUUGCAAAAUAUUUAGUUGGAAAAAGAGCAAGCAUUUACGAUGAUUGCUCCACAGAUUCGAAAAAAUACACUUCGCUGAUUUACGCAGUCGAAAAUAAGCGUGUUAAAAUAUUUAAGUUUUUAAUUGAUAAAAUUCCAGAUCCUAAUAAACAAGAUGGUUUCGGUAAUACACCUUUGUACUACACUGCGUUAUUCGGAUGCUUGUACUGCGCCAGGUAUUUGAUUAGAAAGAAAAAUGUUGACGUAAAUGGAAGAAAUAGCAACGGAGAUACAGCGUUACAUAUUGCAUAUGAAACUGCAAAUGAUGCAUUCGUAACAUUUCUUCAAAAGAAUGGAGCUGAAUAUUUUUUGAAAAACAACGAUGGAGAUAUACCUUUAGCAAAAUAUGCAUCGACUGUGUCUCGAGCUCAAGCCAUGAUUCAAAAUAAAGAUCCAGAAUCAGUUGGAAAAUUAUCAGUAAAAGAUGUGAUUCAGUCGAUCAGAAAUCAAACUCAAUAUGGUUAUCGUUUUCGCCGAAACGUAAAUUACUCUAGUAGAGUUAGAUCAUCAAAGACUCUCGAUUCUUUAACAACAAUGAAGCAAUAUAUUAUAAGUCCAGAAUUAGUUAGAGGCCACUAUAUAAAUCCAAAAUCAGUUAGAGACUAUGCUGCGAAUCUAGAACCAGUUGGGGAGACAACAGUAAAUGAAGUGAAACAGCUGCCCAGAAAUCAAACCAGUUACGGUUACGUUAAUUCUUCUCGCAUAAUAAGUUCAUUAAAGGCUCUAGAACUUUUAACAACAUUGAGACAAAAUAGCAUAAACCCAAAUUCAGCUGGCAACAUUGAUAUGAAGACAGAUCCAGUUAGAGAAUCAACAGUAGAUGAAAUGCUUCAGUUGGCCAGAAAUAAAACUGAAUAUGGGCAUAGUUUUCGACAAAACGAUGACUCUUUGAGCAGAUUAAGUCCAUUAAUAGAUCGAAAAUCUUUAGUAGCAAUGGAACCAAAGCAAACACUAAAAACAACAUAUGCAGGUUUUAAGAAUACAGACGUGAAUGGCACGUUAUUAUUGCUGGAUAUUUUGUUGAGAAAAUUCACCAAAGAAAAAUACGCGCCAUUUUUAGAACAAGGUACGUCUGAGAUGGAGGUGAAUGCUUUUGCGUUACGCAUUACAGAAGCUAUUGAAAAGUUUUUGACUUUGUCUGCUAACUCUCAAACAAUUAAAGGUAUUGAUUUUUUUGAAGUGUAUUUAAAAAUAUUUAAAGCACUCAUUAGUGAAAACGAACAUAAAUUAUCCGAUAUUUUAUAUAAUCUCCUUCAAAACGCCCCUGAUAAGACAAUAAAUAAUUAAAAUCAAUCCUUCAUAUUAUUAAAUCUAUUAUCAACUUGAUAACACUGGGGAACAAUUUUUUUUUGUUUUAUAUUUCAUGAGAUUUUUUUGAACAGAAUUUAUAUAUUUUUGUGCAGCUUUUUUCAAAUGUGCAAUCAGUAUCUCUCUACACCCUACAGCUUUUAUGUAAUUUAAUAAAAUAGUCCUAACGAGGA